UCAUUAUUAAUUACCGGCGACGUCCCUAGCGGCAGAGAAAGAAGCAGCACGCUAAAAAAAUUAUUGUUCAUGAUCGCAUCUGUGCUAGCAUUCUUUUCUUUGAUUUCAAGCGCAAUGGCUGGCAACACGGAACGUACUUUCAUCAUGGUUAAGCCCGAUGGUGUCCAACGUGGACUCGUUGGCAAAAUCAUCGAACGUUUCGAACAAAAGGGCUUCAAAUUGGUUGCCAUGAAAUUCAUGUGGGCAUCCAAGGAAUUGUUGGAGAAACACUAUGCCGAUUUGUCCGCUCGCCCCUUCUUCCCCGGUUUGGUCAACUACAUGAACUCUGGUCCUGUGGUUCCCAUGGUGUGGGAGGGCUUAAACGUUGUCAAGACCGGCCGUCAAAUGUUGGGUGCCACUAACCCCGCCGACUCUAUGCCCGGCACCAUUCGUGGUGACUACUGCAUUCAAGUUGGUCGCAACAUUAUCCACGGUUCCGAUGCUGUUGAAUCUGCCAACAAGGAAAUUGCCUUGUGGUUCAAUGAGAAUGAACUUGUUAACUGGAAACCAGCUGCCGUUGAUUGGGUUUAUGAAUAAACUCAAAAAAAAAAAAAAAAAAAAUAUGCAGUAAAACACAUAUACAUUCAUCGCUGCUGGCGUGUUGGGUAUUAACAACGAAAAACAACAGUAGCAAGCAUUUCGUGUCUAGUUUAUAAGAGGAAAGAAAAGAUAUGAUAUGAAAAAAUUCCAUAACAAGUUAAAAUAAAGAAGUUAAAGAGA